GUUUAUUGUUGGCUUCAAGUUCAUGGGAUGCUACGGUUCGUAUUUGGAAUGUAUUUGAACGUAGUAAACAUGUCGAUGUACUUCGACAUACUUCGGAUGUUUUAGCUGUAGCGUUUCGACCCGAUGGGAAACAAUUAGCCGCAUCUACCUUGGAUGGUCAAAUUACCUUUUGGAACGUUGAAAAUUGUGAUCAAAUAGGUUCUAUAGAAGGAAGAAAAGAUAUAUCAGGUGGAAGAAAAGCUAAUGACCGAACAACUGCUGCUAAUUCUUCUGCAAAAUCUUUUAAUAGUAUAUGUUACACGGCUGAUGGGUCAUGUGUGAUUUCGGGUGGAAAUAGUAAAUACAUUUGUCUUUACGAUGUUAAAGAGAAAUUAUUAAUAAAAAAAUAUCAGAUAUCACAUAAUUUGUCAUUGGAUGGAAUACGUGAAUUUUUGAACAGCAAGCAUAUGACUGAAGCGGGGCCUCUUGAUUUAAUAGAUCAAUCUGGUGAUCUUAGCGAUUUGGAAGACAGGCUUGAUACUAGUUUACCUGGAACUCAAAAAGGUGACCUUUCCCUACGAAAGACCCGACCAGAAAUUCGUACAAAAUGUGUAAAAUUUUCACCAACUGGCAGAUCUUGGUCUGCUGCAUCAACUGAAGGUUUACUUAUUUAUUCGUUAGAUGAAUUAUUACUUUUUGAUCCUUUUGAUUUGGAAAUGGAUAUUACUCCGAGCUCAAUUCUGAAAACAUUAAACUCCAAAGAUUAUUUGAAGGCACUUGUCAUGUCUUUUAGGCUUAAUGAACGUUAUAUAAUACGCCAAGUUUACGAAACUAUUCCGCCUGAUGAUAUAGAAUUAGUUAUUAAAGAUUUACCUGAAAAGUACAUUGACAAAUUUUUUAAAUUUAUUGCCAUUAACAUUGAAGAAUCACCACAUCUUGAAUUUCAUUUGCUAUGGAUUAUUAAAUUAUUAACUACUCAUG